AUGCUGUGCCAAUGCCCCAAGCUCACUCCCCUCCAAACACGACUCCUGGCAUCUGUGACGACUCUGGCACUCUUGGCUCUGGUAUACUGGUCGUUGUCGAAUCCACAUUUCGCAUAUGCAGCUGAACUUCCUGUGGACGGAAGUGGGCAACUGAGAGCAGGAGAAGAUCACAAUUGGCACCGGAUACGUGAUGAUGGGACCUUGGAGUAUGAGGAUGGACCGGAAGAGCUGGAAAUACGACAUGCAGACGAUGUUGUGGUGGUGAGGCAGGCAGAGGAGGGCACAGCACAGAUCGCAGGCAAUAACAUGGGUACAGCAGGAGAGAUCGCGCCCGGGAACACUACCAUCUGGGAGUACCCAAACAGCCUCCUGAUUGCCAAUCACGCCGACAAGGGCAUAGGACUUCCAGGCGCGCUUUCAGGAAAGCAGGUGGUCGUUCCAGAGCACAUUGAGCUGAAGAGACGGGACGAAGAUGGCGAGCAGCAUCUGGAGACUAGACAGGACGGCACAGCCAUAUACAUCUCGGCCAACACAUGUAGUCAGCCUAUAUGGAACGGUAGCGGGACACAAGACAUUCCUGCGCCUCAGCUGACACUCUACGUCUCCGAUGAACCAGGGAACAAGAACCUUGGACCUGGUGGAAGACGCCAGACUGAAUACCCUUUUGAUGGAGGCUUCGUAAACGCGACAGUAGACACUGCAUCAGGGACAUGGCAUAUGGCGGUCUCGGCGCCCGAACUUACCAGCAACUUCACUGGUUCUUGGUCAUACAGCUUGGCAGUGUCGAUAGACGACUACUUCUACGCCGCGAACACGACCGACCCAUUUCUUUAUCUUGUCGACACAGACUCUAAUGCAGCUUUGAUGGUUACCGACAACUUGACAGAUGCCAAUUCGUCGACUGAAGUGUUCCAACAAUGGAUGGAUCUUAGCGCGCCCUACACUUUGUUCGCACUCAAUCAAAACUUCACCGGUAUGAUGGGUCUUGAGAACUCCUUCUGCGGUCUUGAAACCUUUGUAACGAACAACAGCCAGAUCAUGUCGAAUCAUGAUGAUAUGGAGGGCAUCUCAGACCAUGUUCAGAUGGGCAUGAUCACUCGCGGGCUCGGCAACAAACCCAAGCAGCAAUUCUACGCUACCGGUCUCAACAGCUCAAGUCAAUACCGCGCUUUCCUAGCCAUCAACGGAAACUCCACAGCCUCCGGAGACGGCGUUGUGGGCGGUGGCGGCAAAGUCUGGGGUCCAGGCAUCGACUUCACCACCAAAACCGAUAGGAACUGCCAGCUCCUCUUUAACCUCACAUUCUGCAACGAAGUCGCCUACGCCGCGCCCUCCAACCCCGAGAAUGACAAGUACAACACCAACUACACCGCCUUCCAAGAAUUCUACGACAACUACACCACAUUCUGGUACGCACCCUUCAACUACACCCUCGCGCAAAUUCCCUGCCACACAACCUCCGAUGCGCAAUACUCUCUCGCCAAGAACUGCAACCACUGCGCCGCUGCCUACAAAGAAUGGCUCUGCGCCGUCUCCAUCCCCCGCUGCGAAGACUUCUCCAACAACGCCUCCUACCUCCAACCCCGUAACGUCGCUCAGCCCUUCUACAACGCCUCCUCCCUCCCAGACACGUUCCUGCAAUCAGCUUACACUCCCAUGCCGGAUGCCCCGACGAUCGAAGGCUCGAACGCAUUCGACCAGACUUUCGAAUUCAGCUUUGCAACGAACCGGAGCAGGAAUGCGGAUAUCGAUGAAUACAUCCAGCCGGGCCCGUAUAAGGAAGUCCUACCUUGCGAGGACUUAUGUUACAGUUUGAUGCAGAGUUGUCCGGCGAGUAUGAACUUUGCGUGUCCGUAUCCUGGACGCGGGUUGGAGGCGAGUUAUGGGCAGAGGACACCCGGUGGGGAGGUGACGUGUAGUUAUCUGGGCGCGGUGUAUUAUUUGAACGGUGCGGAAAGCAGUGCGCCUGGGACGUGGAGGGCGAUGGGGAUGGCGGUCAUGGCUGGGUUUGCAUUGACCCUAAUGUGA